CAACAGAAAGGGGAGCAAAUCUCAUCUCCCUCCCAAUUACAUCCUAAAACCCUAAAUUUCCGAUCUCAUAAUCCCAAUUCACGCAUCAUUCCUGGCUUGCCGCAUAGACCGCCGUCCCUCAUGUCCCGGCGACUGUCCUCUCUCACUCGCUUCGCCACUCUCCCCAUUUCCACAGACUCAUCUUCCCCACAUCCCCAAAACCCCAAUUUCUCCGCCAAACCCUACGCCUCGUCUCAUCAUCCCUCAAAAUGAGCGAUAUCGACAACUCCCAAACCCCCCCAAACUCUCAUUCCCUCCCCAAGAACAAGCUUGAAUUGCUUCGUGCCCUCGAAUCCCAACUAGGUUCCUGCUUUCGCGCAGACCCAGUUUGCCCAUCUCCAAAUCCAUUAAUCAUCGUAAUCAGCGGCCCGAGCGGUGUUGGCAAAGAUGCAGUUAUCAGGAAGCUGAGAGAAAUGCGUCAAGGCCUGCAUUUUGUAGUCACAGCUACAAGCCGCCCAAUGCGGCCCGGUGAGGUUGAUGGUAAGGACUAUUUCUUUGUGUCGAAAGAGGAGUUCUUGUCCAUGAUUGAAAAAGAUGAGCUUUUGGAGUAUGCACUUGUGUAUGGUGAUUAUAAAGGAGUACCCAAGAAGCAGAUUAGGGAUUACAUGGCGAAAGGCUAUGAUAUAGUUCUGAGAGUGGAUAUACAGGGGGCGAAAACGCUGAAGAGGAUCCUUGGGAACUCGGCAGUGUUUGUAUUCUUAGUGGCAGAAAGUGAGUUGGCUAUGGUGGAGAGACUGAUUGACAGGAGGACGGAGAGCAAAGAAGAGCUGCUUGUGAGGAUUGCCACUGCGAGGGAAGAGGUUAAGCAUGUUACGAGUUUUGAUUAUGUGGUGGUGAAUGCGCAGGGGAGGCUUGAUGAUGCGGUUAAGUUGGUUGAGUCGAUUAUCAAUGCUGAAAAGGCCAAGGUUCGGCAAAGAAAUGCAGUCAUUUGAUCUCAUGGAGGCUUGGUUUCUGAGUUUUUAUAAUCUUAGGAUUCAUGGUUUCCGUUGCAAAUCCUGCUUAUUUGAUUUUAUGCCAGUAACGUAUAUCAAUAAAUCAUCUGUUUAUUUAUGGUGCAUCCCACGAGAUCCCUAGUGACUGAAGUACCAUCAAGCCAACCCUUUACAUUUCUAGUAGCUGAGACUUAAUAAGCAACUGCAGAAGAAAGAGCUCAAACCAGGGCCUCCUUUUCUGCAACACUCUGAGAAGCUUAAAACAUCUGCCACUGACUGCUAAGAGAAAAAAAAAUGCAGAGCCAGGUUACCACAUCACUUGUCCUUCCAACACCCAUUUUGCCAAA